UCGCUCGUAACACACCUGGUGCCUGGGGGCUCGGGAAACUCUAGUUUGAUUCUUGCGUCCCGGUGACGCCUUUGUCAACGUUCCUUCGGGACACCCCUUCCGGAAGGGUCCGUGAUGUGGCGCAACCGAUCGUUUCAGGUGUGGCUCGCGUCGGUGUUGGCGAUCCUGCUCGCGAGCGAGAUGGCAAUAACAAACGCGCUGCUGAAACGCUGCUAUCAAUGCCGAUCGCGCAGUGAGCUUGGAAGCUGUAAGGACCCGUUCCUGUUCAACGCGACCCAGGUUGAGAACGAACGCGGCGUAUCCGCUGUCCCGUGUGCUUCCGGUUGGUGCGGGAAACUGAUCGAAGGCAUGGGAUCGUUCCGUGAAGACGACUACGACAUGGCCACACAACGCAUGUGCGUCCAGCGAGGACCAUCGGACUCGGAGGAUCGGUGCGCGUACACCGUCUACAAUCAUAAGAAGGUCUACAUGUGCUUCUGCCAGGGGGAUCUCUGCAACGGGGCUGCCGGACUCGAUGCUUCGGUUUUCCGGUGGGCCGCAUUGCUGGUGCUUUUGCCGGUGUCCUUGCCGUGGUUCACUUCGUGUGAAUCCUUCUUUUCCUGAGGCUGUUCUUCCAAAAAGGGAUCGUCCGGCCACUCGCAGAUUGUAUAUUUAUUCGUCAUUCGCGCCAGAGGAGCGCUGCUGCUCAUCUUUCCUUCUGCAACAUACUCAACCAUCACGCGAAACCAUGUUUCAUCGCUCGUUUUGUAAAUUUUAGAUA